AUGACAAAUUACUUAUUGUUUUACAGUUUCAAGCCGAUUCUUGUUACCCAUACAGAUGACCAAUGUAGUGACCAUCUAGUGUAUCUAAGCAUUGAAAGAAUCCAGUUUAGUGAUUGCAAAGGGAGGGUCUCUGCAAGUCCUGUUGAAUGGCAGAAGGAAUUAACAGCUACUUCCUGUGAGGUGGAUGUAUGUAAAAUUCCUGGAAAUAUAGCUAAACCAUCUACUAUAGCUGUUGCUCCUACAGUGAGUGAUUUAGAUGUCCAGUAUAUGGAAUCAGAGCAAAAAAUCAGAGUGUACCUUUAUGGCAAGGCUCUGGUACCUACAGUGAAAUUGAGACCUACAGAAGUGAUAAUAGAAUCAAUACCUAUUGGAAGCACUGCAGAACGUGAAGUGUGCCUAACAAAUACAGAGGAAUUACCAAUACAUGUUUCUUUUAGAAAGGCUACUAAUAUUUAUGUUACCCCAUCACAUGUUUUCUUGAAGCCUACAAGAUCAGUGGAAGUUUUACUCACAGUCAAACCUACUGCUACAGGACACACCCAGCAAAAAUUAUGGUUUACACUGUUGGCAAAAACAUGGCCACCAAUUGGCAACCCAUGCUUGGCCAAAGUGGGAUCUGUGUGUCUGCCUAUUACAUAUGAUUGUCCAGCUGUAACUACUAUACCAAAAACAGUCUUCACUAUGGGGAUUACACCAAUUAUAACAAAUGAAAUAGGAGUUGUAAAUGAAAGGAUUACAUUCUCUUCUGGAAUCGAAAAGCCACGAGCAGCUCUAGUAACACCUGUACUGUGGCAAAAGGUUCCACCAGGAACAUCAAGAUUUCCCCAAGAAGAAGCAAAAAUUGUAGUUGAGACCCUGCUACAAAAAUCACUUCAAAAUGAAUGUGAAGAAUUAUAUGACAGCUACGCAAGCAGUUCAGAUGAAGGAAAUACUAACUUGGAGUUAUUGGUGCCUUUAAAGCAUUCAAAACGUUGCUAUAAACAGAAAGUAAUACUAACUACUGAAUACACCAAUGGUAGACUUGAAGACUCUCUAAUAGCUUUUCCUAAUGAUCGUUCCAAGUCACUUCGACCAUGGCCAAAACAUAAAAUUACAAGGUAUACAGCUGUCUAAUUUUGAGCAGUUCUGCAAACAGUAGAAAUUUACUGGUUUCUGUGCUGAUUAUGUGUAACACUUUUAUUGGUACAAUACAUAAGAAUUCGCAAUAUAACACUGGCUUCUGCUUUUGGUGAUGUACAGGAAUUAAAUUUCUAGCUGUGGGAAGUAUACAGCAACACAUUUCACAAGCUAAGUUUCACUUACUAGUGUUCCAGUUUGAUUGAUAAUUUUUAUAGCUCACAUUAAUAAGUAGGUUCUGUAUCAUUCUACAGAUUUGGGUGUGAAGUUUUAA